CUAGUAAUCACGUGGUUUCAUAGGGUCACAUGACGCUACACGGAAGUAGUAAACAUCCAUAGUACUCUGAACUGAUCGAUGCAGUCUGUUUUAAACAGACCGUUUCUGUUAAACAUUUGACUCGUUUGUUCUUGUUCAGACGACAGCCUUAAAGAGUUGUAGUGAUAGUUAUUGAAGCAUCGUUAUGGGUGUAUCAAAACUGGAAGAAUCGUCUCUGUUACUGGACGAGAAGCUUCUCCGUUUCAUGGAUCAGCUGGAGUCACUGGAGGAGAAACGAGCCACCCUUAACUCUCUCAUCGAGCAGGGAUGGUUUUCCAUCUCAAAGGCUCGGUAUUCCAUGGGAAACAAACAAGUCUCUGCUCUUCAGUAUGCAAGUGAAAUAGAGCCUGUAGUCUGUGUUCAUGCAAGAACACUAGAAAAUGGUGAAGUGGAUUUCUUCACAAGAAAGGUUGAACAGAAAUGUAGCAACAACAUUGAAAAAGAUGCAAUGUCCGUAGAGGAUAUUGGACCCCAAGAGGAAGGUGUCAGGAGAAGAAUCAAACCAAAAAGCGACACAACACAAAAGGACGCGUGUGAAGAAGCAAGUAGUGGGAAAUCUCCUGAAGUAACUCCAGUGAGAAAAAAUGAACACAAUCCACAGCAAGAUCCACUGAAGUGGUUUGGGAUCCUGGUGCCACAGUCUCUAAAACAAGCACAGUCAUCAUUCAAGCAAGUGAUAGAAUUGUCAGCUGAGAUUGCCACCCUUCAGACUGCAGUGUUGAAGACCAGACAGGAGUUUAUGGAUGGCAUGAAAGACAAACGCAUACUCCAGGAGGAAGCCUCAGACAGUGGGGCAGAGUGAAAAACACUGUUACCUCAGAGCUGGAGAGGAACCAAGAGCCUGUGGCUCCAGAGAAGGACAGAUUGGACCUUGGUAGAUUAUUCUACAGGGCGGACUUGUGGAUUUUAAAGAAGGUCAUUUUGACUGUCUUACUGAUAAAUGUUUUGCCUGUGUGAGAUGAAUGUGUUAGAUGGCUGACUUCUGAAAAAACUUUGACUCAUUAAAAGCUGUGUUGUAGAUUAAAAGAAUAACUUAUGAAUAAAAAUA